AUCAACUACAGAGCGCCAUCAACUAGAAAAACACUUAGUAACAGAGGAUUUCCAGGUCCAGCAACAGGAAAGACCGCCAAGACUGAAAAUAGAGAACAAACACAGACUUUUAGAAGCCGACAAUCCACUAGAAACUACAGAGCGCCAUCAGCUAGAAACUUUAGAAGCCUUUUAGAAGCCGACUUCUUCAGUACUAUAUAUAAGGAUCAUGGCGCACCAAAGUCGUCGUCCGCUCCGCACCGCCGCAACGGCAUGCGCGGCCAUGAUGACAGGCGGCCUUCCCGGUUUGGGUAGCUCCUUUUUGUCCAUGAUUCCUGGAGUGAGCGGGAGGAUGCUGUUGGCAACGCGCAACGAUGCCGAUGACGCCACAGUGACGGUGACGCCGGAGUUUCUGGACCUUCAGCCAUUCAAGGUUGCCUCUAUGUCCGACAUGACCGGCGCACCGCUCAGCUUUGUAGAGGUGCAAAAAGCCAGUGAUGAGAUUCAAUUCGCGAAGAAAAAGUUUCGCCAAUUUCCGGACGCCUGGCGUCCAGACUUCAUUGUGGAUUAUUUAUGGGGGGUAUGGAUUGACGUGCCGGGUGCCGUCGGCGACCUGCGGCUGUGCCCGCGCUUGACUGCGCAAGUAUGGCCUGUGCCCGAACUUGAUCUCAUCAUCGCAGAGGCGCCGUUUGGAAAGGGGUUUACGGAUUCCCUCACACUUGAGUCUCUCAAGGACAUCCAGCCGAGCCACCCCAGCGCGGAUGAUCAGGUAACGGUGGUGGUGCAGUUUGGGGAUUCGGAUUGGUGCGGUCCCAGUGUUCCACCUGAUCAGAGGCAGAGCUGCGUGUUUCAGCUUCACGUCAGCGGGGGAACGACUACAAUGGCUGACCUGGUGACAGAAGCAACGAGAAAGCUUUCCGGAGGGCGUACGGAUGAGAGUGGCUUUCCUAUUUUUCGUGAUCCACCCCCUAGGAACUCCCGCGAAAUCGGGAUGACUCGCUUGUGCCUGAAGUCGACCGCAUUGGCAAAGCCGGGCACAAUCUACGACGCGGUGAUCGCGCGACCUCCGGAUGGCGGGGCGGCCGGGGCGCGCGGCGAUGCUGAUCCGUAGAAAAACUCAACUCGCCGAGAUAGAAGGAGGCCUGCUAAUUAAAAUAUCGAUGGGUAGCUCUCCACUGGAGGCACUACCACAUUCAAAGGCCUCAUAGAUAGGCACGAAGAGCGCGUCCACUAGGUAAAUGCUUCGGGCGUGUAGACAGUAGGACAAAAAAAAAGCUAUAGAAGAGGUUCCAUGUUGACAUGACAUGGCACGGCAUUGACAGGGAGAAUGAGUGAGCACCGUUGUUGGAUGUUGGUCCGAUCGCUGUCGAAGGAAUAAGAAGAUGAAGAUGAUGAAAGGAAGAAGAGAAUAAAAUAUGAAUGUGAUGGUGUAGACGAGCCAGUGAAUGCGCGGUUGAUUAUACUACAUCUAUUUAGAAGAUGGAGAUAGAGAUAGAUAAUACGCGCACCACCUCGCUUCAUAUAAACUUUGACAGGCGAAUGGCGAGCAGUGUUGAAAUCCACAUUCUUGGGGAAAAGUCAGUAUUGUUGCUGCAUGCAUUCAAGAAUAGGAGAAACCGUCAAACGCAACGAAUACUUACAAGUCAAG